AAGGCGACGGGAAGGAGUUUAGAAGUCUAGUCUCGGAAUUUUUCUUUCUUUCUAAGAGACUUUGGUCUGAAUUAAAUGUGAAGAAGAGGAAACGCGGCUGUUCGCUGGCUGGACGGAACCGGGCAGUGAAACACUAACCAUCUCUUUGAGCUGAGAACCAGGCCAGUUGCUGGUGGGAAUGAUGGAUAGGCUAAUGCUGUCUCGCAUAGAUGAAGAAUUGGAGUCCUCUGAGGUGGCAGCUCUCUGCUUUUUGUGUCUUGAUGUUGUCAACAGGAAACGCCUACAUGGGAUCAGGGAUGCAAAAGACCUGUUUUUGAGACUAGAAGAAAAAGGUCUAAUGGACAACAGUGCCUUCCUUUAUCAGCUGCUCGACACUAUCCAGCGAAGAGAUCUCCUCAGCCUACUGGAGACGGACAGUAGGCAGCCAGAGGAAACAGACGCAAAUCCUGUCCUGUCAGAUUACAGGGUGAUGCUGUACCAAAUAUAUGAAGACAUAACUCAGGAAAAUUUCGGAAAGAUGCAGUUUCUGUUGCACGAAGAGCUGGGUAGAAAAAAAGUAGAGAACUGCAAAACCCCGCUGGAUUUGUUUGAUGAAAUGGAAAAGGCUGGUCUGCUGUCAAAUACAAAUCUUCAUGAGCUGAUAAAUGUCCUGUCGGACCUGGAUCGACCACUGGCGUCAAUUGUAAAGCAAUAUCAAGACGAUAAAGGAGCGCGUGUUUACUCUGAUGCAGAACCAAACACACAGCCCUCCUCUUCUUUCGAUCCGGCAGACUACUACAGUCUUACUCAUAACCCUCGUGGUGUGUGUAUGGUCAUCAACAAUGAGUUAUUUUUGGGAGCAGGGCUGAAAAGACGAGCAGGAGCUCAGGAGGAUACGAAGGCUCUGCAGACAGUGUUCAACCGUCUUGGCUUUAAGGUGGAGAUACACAAAGACUUGACUGCAGAGGCCAUGCGAAGAGAACUAAAAGCACUGGGGACAAGAAAUUUUUUGAAUGAUGAUGCCUUGGUGGUGUGCAUGCUUUCCCACGGAGAAAAUGGAACUGUCUUCGGGACUGAUGAGCAACGGGUGUACCUGAAAGAAAUGAGAGAGCCCUUCAAGAGUGGGCGAGCCCCCACAUUAGCAGGGAAGCCCAAACUGUUCUUCGUCCAAGCGUGUCAAGGAGAAGACUACCAGAGAGGAUCAUUGCCGUGUCCUCCGAGGCCAAGAGAGGACGAGGGGGACAGACAGGAACCACUGGAGACAGACGCAGGUCGUAUUGAAGGCGAGACGGUGCCUUGGGAUGCAGACUUCCUGCUGGGCAUGGCCACUGUACCGAACUGCAAGUCGUUUCGAAACACUACCACAGGCUCCAUCUACAUCCAGGAGCUGUGCAGGCAACUGACAAGAUCAGCAGAAAGCUUGGAGAACGAUGAUAUCCUCACUGUUCUGACGCGUGUGAACAGGGAGGUCAGCAAAGGAGUAUAUCUGAACUACAAACAAAUGCCAGAGCCAAAAUACACCCUCACCAAGAAGCUCGUCCUCAAAUAUGUGUGAUGCUGUAAAUGUGUCAAACUGGCAGAUUCAAAAAGACCAAACUCGAGUUCACUGUGUGUAUGAUUGUAUCUGAAUGUGUGUGUGUUUUAAUCUAUAAGGUACAGGUGGUUGGAUGGAUUUGAACGUCUUGUUACCUUCACAAGCUGAUGUCUGUUAAUCUUAAGAACAAAAAAAACAUCAUGGCAAAAAAGAUUGUUAAAGACGUCAUUCAGAGAAAAUGUGUUUUUUUUAUGUCUCUUAUUAUUCCCAUGACAUGUAGUUAAAAUGAACAAUAAGACAUCAGUUGGGAAGAUUUUGGUUUUGUCUCACUAUACCAGCGUUAUAGUCCCCAGCAAAGCAGUUGAUGAUGAGUGUCGCUCUCUUAUAGACAGCCAUAUACUUUUCAACUGAUUUAACACUGAUUUCAAUUGAUAGUGCACAAUAAUGGCGUUUUAAAGAAUUAUUAUUUGAGGAUUGUGUCAUGUAAAGGAAAAUGAAAUAUAUUCUUCUCUUAAAUGCUUUUUGUUCAUAUAGUCAGAUAUGUUCGGUUAGCACUUUCAUUUUUAAUUACAGUCCCCCUCCGCUCAAAAAUAAUGUUUUUCUUCUUGUUCCUACAGUUGAAUGUUUGAGCUUCACUGUGCUGAAUGAUGUAUUUGUAGAGUUUGACACUAGAAGGCUGUUUUCACAUUCAUCUGCUGGAAGUGGAAAGUUUCUCUGAGCUCAUUAAAAAUCAGAUUUUGAGGAGCGUACGAGUAUGAUUUGUGACAUCACUAAUAGUUUGGAGUCAAUCAUGGUCCAAUAUUCAACUGACAGAAAUGUAAUGUGGAAACUUGAAUUCUCCAGUGCACACACACUGAGAAUGAACUUUACAGUGAAGUAGGAGAAAUCUUGUGUCCAGGAGGAAACUUUAAAUAUUUACAUAGUUAUAGAUUAUGGAUUUUAAUAAAUUGUCAUUUUUAAGAUUUUAAAGUGAUUAUUUGAUCUGUUUUUUAAUGGAAAUGCAUUUUAUAUUCACAUUAUUGUUGUAAGCAGAAUCUUUGUGUAUGUCUUAAUACAUGUCUGGUCUGGAGGAAAUCCAUCACAAUAAAACAAGCAAAAAACAAUGUAAAAA